UUACAUCGUUCUCCCACUACAUGUUCGCACUCGUUGAUUCUCAGUUUGUUGAAACUCGUCUUUAGAUUUUCAAGCAUCGUGAUGCGGUUCAAACAUUCAUAAAUUUACUGGUAUCGGAAUUGUUCAAAGUAAACGAAACGUUUAACGUACGUUGAUGAAUUAUCAUUUUUUAUUUAGGUAAAAAUACGUUCGUGGUUUCGAAUUAUCUCGCUCAACUGUUCAUUUUUCGGUGUACUUGGAGUUUGAUUAACGAUACGAUGUGCUUUAUACGAUUACGAUUCGAAAUACAGACUGAGUUAUGUCGAUUAUUAAAAACCGAGUGAUUUUGUCGAAUUAACCGAACACGGUUAUUGUGGUUUCGAAGUUAUUUUUUUAAAUGCGGAUAUCAUGAAAAAUGAAGACGUCUCGAUGGUAAAAUGGUAUAAAACAGAUCGUCGUCAAGUAGCCCGAAAACGUUGGGCAUUAUUGGCCGAAGCGUUGUUUUCAAAAUGUAGACAAUCCGCAGCUGCCGAUAGUAAUUUCUUCGAUAUCUUCAAAAUCAUUCCUCUACCGAAUCUAUCAUCGCUGGACGACCGCUGGUUCGAAUACUCUGUGAUAAUCGAUCACGAUCACGAUCCUGUUUCGGUGAAAAUUCGCCAUCUCGUACGCAUCUUUACCAUCGAAGAACUCACCGGAUUCAAUAACACCGGUAAUGUCAAAGUUUGGCCUUCCGAAGAAGUACUGGCUUACGUGUGCCUCAAACAUAGGCACUUUUUCGAAGAUAAAUCCGUUCUGGAGGUCGGAGGCGGUAUGAGCUGUAUGGCCGGAGUAUUGCUUAGUCAGUUGGCGAAAUGUGCCUCGAUUCAUGUUACCGAUGGUAAUGUCGUAUCUGUCGAUAAUGUACGUGAAAUAGUCAAACAAAACGUACCCGCCAAGUGUCCAUUAACUUGCGACGUGCUCUUAUGGCACGAACAUGGUAAACAUUGUCGAACCUACGAUGUGAUUUUAGCCGCUGAUUGUUUGUUUUUCGAAGACAGCCGAGCACAUUUGAUCGAACUUAUGUUCGCUUUGCUGAAAAAUGGCGGAAUUUCGCUGAUCAUGGCGCCGAAACGAGGCGAUUCGUUGGCUGAAUUCGUCGAACAAUGUCGAGCCAAAGGAUUCGUUUGUAAUAUACAUCAAGAAUACGAUGAAAUUAUAUGGUCUCAGCAUACGAAAUUAUCCAAAGAACGAACAGAUUACGACGAAGAUGUACAUUUCCCUUUAUUUUUAGUUUUAGAGAAACGUAAACCAAGUGUACCAUCGACACUCGAGAAUACUUUAUGGUCCAGUUGACAUAGCAAAAUGUACGAUUCAGAGUUAUGAUUUUGUUUUUUUCAAAGGCAAUGGAGUAUGCCAAAGUCAAUCCUUCCUUUCCCCCGUAUAGUCCAUAAGCGUAUUUAUUCGAUUGGGAUUUUGUUGUUAUUAUUAUUACUUUUUUUGUUGUUAUGUUUUUAUAUCGAAAACGUUGGCAAUUUUUGUACAUAAUUUUACACGAUUCGUAGUAAAUUCAUCGUUUAUCGGUUUAA